CAACCUAAUUUAUCUUCAAUUAGUUUUGUUCCGUCGCUUGAUAAGUCUAUGACUAGUGGCAGUAGAAUGUGUGGUGCUUGUCACAGUCUAAAUUCUUCACUUAAGUGAACAAGUCGGUUCAAAAUGCCACGUGAUUUGGUCUUGCGUGGUGUUUCGGGUGAAGUUUUGAUUGGUGAUGGACAUAAGACAUUCAUCAUCGCUGAAAUUGGUCAGAAUCAUCAAGGGGAUUUACUUUUGGCGAAGAAAUUAGUUUUGGCAGCUAAAGAAGCAGGCGCUGAUUGUGUCAAAUUCCAAAGAACAUGUUUCCCUGCACGUUUCACACAAGUUGCUUUUGAACGUCCGUACGAUAAUGAUAAUUCUUUCGGGAGAACAUAUGGUGAACACCGUCGACAACUGGAGUUCAGCGAUGCGGAGUUUUCCAUUUUGAAAAAAUAUUCAACGUCUAUUGAUAUGAUGUUCACUGCAUCUGCUAUGGAUUGUAGAUCUUUGGAGAAAAUGGCCGCCAUGAAUGUACCUUUCAUUAAACUUGGCUCCGGGGAUGCAAACAAUUUUCCUUUGAUUGAGAAAGCUGCUAAGUUGAAUAUUCCGCUGGUUGUGUCCACAGGGAUGCAAACAAUGGAGACUGUGGAUAAGAUUUACAACAUUAUACGUGCACAUCAUACGAAUUUUGUGUUGAUGCAUUGCGUUUCCGCUUAUCCCACGCCUCUGGCUGAUGCUAACCUCAAUUUGAUUGGUGUGUACAAAGAGAGGUAUCCUAGUGUACACAUUGGGUAUUCCGGGCAUGAACUUGGGAGUAUUGUGCAUCUGGCUGUAGCUGCGGGUGCAAAGGUUAUUGAACGUCAUAUAACCUUGGAUAAGACCUUCAAAGGUAGUGAUCAUGCAUGCUCAUUGGAUUGUCAAGAAUUCAAGGAGAUGGUGGAUGAAGUGCGCAGAAUUGAGGUUAUAAUGGGUAGUUACAAGAAAACAAUCCUACCAAGUGAACUUCCAUGUCGUAAUAAACUCGGGAAAUCACUUGUGGCGGCCAGAGAAAUGACAGCUGGCGUAAUUCUAACAGAAAACGAUAUUCUGGUGAAAAUUUCCUAUCCCAUUGGUAUACCAGGUGAACGCAUUCAAGAUUUAGUCGGUUUGCAACUAACCAAAGACUACGAACAAGAUGGCGUGUUGGAUUUUAAGUUUUUACAAGACCCUUCGAAGAACUUAACUACUGAAGAAGUGCUUUGAAUAGUGUUUCUGUUCACAACAAUUUUAAUUUGAAAGUAACAUGUAUAAAGUUCCAUAUUAAAAGAUUUAAAAAGAAAUAAAUGAAUUGACCUACUGGUCAAUCAUCAGAAGAAGAAUUUGCACAAUAGAGAAAUGAAUACAAGUAAAA